CGCUGGACUGGUCCGUCUUGAUGGUUGUCCAACCGGCUAUCUUGACAUGCACAAUAGUCACUGCGUUGACGAGCGCAUCAUUGUAAACAGGUUCAUAGUGUAUAGUUUGCCGAGAUACUAAGUUAUCAUUUUAUAUUCCCCUGACGUUGUGACGAGGGACGUUAAACUUAAAAAAAUCCUUGUAGUUUGGUCGACUUCAACUGUCUUAUGCUAUGUUGAGCAGCUAAUAGUUAGGCUACGCUUCACUGCUAGCCCCCAUUGACGGAGUGACAAGUCCGCUGACGACUUAACUUGUUUAAUGCAUACGGAAAGAUUGUCAUCAUGUUGCAGUGAGUGAUGCAGGUGCUUGUAUUAGGGAUGGCCAUCUGGGGGGCACAAGCGUGCUCUGACUCACAAAGCUGUACGACAACGCUGCCACCCAAUGCCACCUCCAAAGAGUACUGCUACUCGGCCCGAAUUCGCAGCACGGUGCUGCAGGGCUUGCCCUUUGGUGGCGUACCAACUGUUCUCGCCCUUGACUUCAUGUGCUUUUUGGGCUUGCUGGUCGUGUUCUCUUUCUUGCGAAAAGUAGCGUGGGACUAUGGACGUCUCGCUCUGGUCUCUGAUGCUGACAGGAGAAUGGAUCAGCGUUACAGUCGUCUGGAUGAUCGGGAAUAUGCGGUCGCUGCCUUAACAGAGGCACCUGAACGCUAUGAGCGCCUCACCUCAGUUUCCAGCUCGGUUGACAUGGAUCAAAGAGACACAGGCUUCUGUUCCUGGCUCACUGCCAUCUUCCGAAUCAAGGAUGAUGAGAUAAGGGAGAAGUGUGGGGAGGAUGCAGUGCAUUAUUUGUCCUUCCAACGCCACAUCAUUGGCCUGUUGGUCGUGGUGGGUGUGCUCUCUGUUGGCAUCAUCUUGCCUGUUAACUUCUCAGGAAACCUACUUGAAAACAAUGCUUAUAAUUUUGGAAGAACUACUAUAGCAAAUCUAGAUGCAGAUAAUGCACUUUUGUGGCUGCACACCAUAUUUGCAUUCCUUUACCUGUUACUGACAGUAUGCAGCAUGAGAAGACACACCUCCAAGAUGCACUACGCGGAAGAUGACUUGGUCAAACGAACAUUAUUUGUCAAUGGACUCUCCAAAUAUGCAGAAGAAACGGAAAUAAAGCAACACUUUGAGCAAGCGUAUGAAAACUGUGCUGUGCUGGAAGCUCGCAUCUGUUACAAUGUGGCCAGGCUGAUGUAUCUGAACUCUGAAAGGAAGAAAGCUGAGCGCAACAAAAAAUUCUUCCUUGAUCUGCAGGCCAAAGAGCACAUGGCCACCAUGAUAAACCCAAAGCCGUGUGGACACCUUUGCUGUUGCAUCAUCAAAGGUUGCGAGCAGGAAGAGGCUGUGAGUUACUAUACCAAGUUGGAAGCUCAAUUAAAAGAUGGCUACAGGAAGGAGAGAGAGAAGGUCAACAGGAAACCUUUAGGAAUGGCAUUUGUCACCUUUCAAAACGAAUCCAUCACUGCUAUAAUCUUGAAGGACUUCAACGCUUGCAAAUGUCAGGGCUGCCACUGUCGCCAAGAGCCUCAGAGCUCUGCAUUUAGUGACAAACUCCAGACACACAACUGGACUGUGAGCUAUGCCCCCGAUCCACACAAUGUCUACUGGGAGCAUCUGUCGUUGGGAGGAUUCUCGUGGUGGAUCCGCUGCUUGAUCAUAAACUGUGUCCUCUUCCUCCUCCUAUUCUUCCUCACCACACCAGCCAUCAUUAUCUCGACCAUGGACAAGUUCAAUGUUACCAAACCAGUGGAGUACCUUAAUAAUCCAAUUAUCACUCAAUUUUUCCCCACCCUACUCCUGUGGUCCUUCUCUGCCUUACUUCCUACCAUUGUCUACUACUCUGCCUUCUUUGAAGCCCAUUGGACGCGGUCUGGCGAGAACAGAACUACUAUGCACAAAUGCUACACGUUUCUAAUCUUUAUGGUGCUCCUGCUGCCUUCCCUUGGUCUAAGCAGUUUGGAUGUGUUCUUCCGGUGGCUUUUUGACAAAAGAUUCUUGGCAGAUGCGAAAGUGAGAUUUGAGUGUGUGUUCCUUCCUGACAAUGGAGCCUUCUUUGUCAACUAUGUCAUUGCAUCUGCAUUCAUUGGCAAUGCCAUGGACCUGCUCAGGAUCCCCGGUCUGCUUAUGUACAUGAUCCGCCUUUGCCUUGCUCGAUCUGCAGCCGAGCGCAGGAACGUCAAGAGGCAUCAAGCUUACGAGUUCCAGUUUGGAGCGGCUUAUGCCUGGAUGAUGUGCGUCUUCACAGUGGUUAUGACCUACAGCAUCACUUGCCCUAUUAUUGUCCCCUUCGGGCUGAUGUAUAUGCUGCUCAAACACUUAGCAGACAGGUACAACAUGUACUAUGCUUACCUGCCUUCCAAACUGGACAAGAAGAUCCAUUCUGGAGCUGUCAACCAAGUGGUGGCUGCUCCAAUUCUCUGUCUAUUUUGGCUUCUUUUCUUCUCCACGAUGCGCUCUGGGUUUUCAGCUGCAAUCUCCAUGUUCACGUUCAUAGUUUUGAUCAUCACAAUCACUGUCUGCCUCUUGCACGUCUGCUUUGGACAUUUUAAAUAUUUGAGCGCACACAACUACAAGAUUGACACUCAAGAAUCGGAUGGGAAUGUGAAUGGGCAUAUUGAGUGCACGACUAACUCCAACAAAGCUGCACAGAUGUACAUUGCUGAGGUUCUGCAAGAUCCAAAUUCAGAGGAGGCUGGAUCAGGCAGUGGCGAGGACGACGGUCAGGGGUCGUCACAAGAUGAGGAAAUAAUCAAUGUAGAAAAUGGCCUCAACGAGGACUUCCAAUCCGGAGAAGACAGCCUCAUUGAAAAUGAAGUGCGACACUGAGACAGCAGAUAUUUCAAAGUCACUGAGAAGAAUGCACUGAAUAAAUGGACUGGAAGAGAGCCGACAAGUUCAUCAAAGCAUCUCAAUUUGACAGAGGGAUGAAAAGCUAAUGGAUGCGUGUUGUCUACUAAUGAUUACACGGAUUCUAGCUCCAGGAUUCUUACAUACUUACACCAGGACUACUUGCACAAGGAAUGCAUGAGCAGCAAAGCCCAUCAGAUCAACCUCCACAGGGCAUGGACCCAGGGAAAAGACACAAAGGUAGACACGACCACUAUGGCCCUGUCUUGAAGGGAAUAAUGUUCUCUCCUUGUCCUCAACAUCGUUGCACGUCUAAUGAGAAGACUUCGAACUCCAGUAAGCUUGACUUUCCACAAAGGUACCGUCGAUUGCGUCUUCAAGAAGUGGCGGUUUCCCCAGAAUCAUCUGCUAGUACCCCAAAAUGUCCCCACUCAGCGCUCCAUAUGGAAUGUGGUUAUCAAGUGAGGUGCAGAUGUUUCCGCAAUGCUCAUGCAAAAUCAUAGAAGCCGAAAAGAGAAGACGACUAUUUUCUUUCAGCAAAUGACCUUCUUGUGCAUUGAUUGGAACACAUUUCCUUCCCACUGUGGAAGAUGAGUGGUAUCUUAGCACACUACAGUGAAGCGAUGCAGCCAGUUAGGAUUGCCAUUGGACUGCUGCUCCUGACCCCGAUCUUUGGGUUGAAUAGGAUGGACAGGUUGGUGGGUCAGUCUGUUAUGAUAGUUAGGUGUUUUUUUUGUUUGUUUUUUCUUCCCCAUAGGUUUACAUUAUUUACGCACAGAUACUGACAUUUUCAUUCAUUUUACAGUGGAAACUGGAUAAUGACUAGUUUGUCACGGACUUGUCUUUGUUAACUUUUGUAGAGGCACUGGAUCACGUAGAUCCUGUUAGGUAUAUUAAAAGUGGUUUGUAGCCGUUUAAGGCCUCCCCAAGCUGAUUUGUAAAUUAUUUUUGAAAUUGUGUACGAUCUAUGAUAAAAUGUUAAAUCACAAAAGAACUCAACAGUCACAACUGUGGGUAAGAUGCAUUCAACAUCUAAAUAUUUCAAGCUGAAUGAAGUAACAUUUGUUCAUGUGAAAUGCACCACACACACACACACACACCCAAUGGAGGCCUUACUGUGCAUCAAACUUGUCAUUUUUUAAAAUCUUACUUAGCAGGAGCGGAGAAAAAAGUUUCCUAUUCAGUGAUAUUACAAAAGUUAAUCUUUCAGACCCACUCCAUUGCUUUCACAAUGACAACUCUACUCAAACAGCUGCCAAGAUCAAUAGAAACUCCCAUAGGGUCCAAUCACAACACUGACAAGUGACCAUGACCUCUUGUUAGAAUGCGUGUAUUAUUUUGGUACGAACAAAAUAAUUGUCUGACGUGUUCAAGUGGCGUUCUCUUCUAAUUGUAAGGAGACUGUUCCAUACCUCGACAUUUGCAUACCUCUAUUAUGUCUUGAAAUUUCUAAACGGGUUCUGGCGGGAUAUGUUGACAACGCUAUUUCUUUAACUUUGAAUGUAGCUGACCACUGCAAGUGUUGAUAAGAUGCUAAUAGUGCUUGCUAAUAGGCGAUCAGCUUUGGUUCACUGGACAACCAUACAUGUGCAAUUGUGUAUUAUAGCAGAAAUGGCAGGUGUAGUGUCAUCUCAAGAAGAGCAUUUGUGUGUGCAAGUCUGUUGGCCUGAGUGAUGUCUUAUCAUUUUUAAGAUAUUCUCUGUAAAGUCAUCGACAUUGUGAAUCAUGUUUUACCGAAUCUCCUCUGCAUCUCUCGACUCACUGGAAAUAAAACAAUAGUUUUUGUUAACAACAACACACUUGUAAAUAGAAAUUGUCACAUGGUUCUGUUUUCAGGUUAAGUAAAAAGCUUUGGCUUAAAAUUGCACUUUUAAGAAAAGACUUUCUAUCUUGGGAGGGGAUGGGGGGAGUCUUGUUUCGAGUUCCCUCCAAAAUUAUUGCAAUGGCAGUUGCUUUCUUUGUGAGUUCUGAAGAUAUUUGGGUGUCAGGUCAAAAGUUCAAUAUGACACAAACAAACCGAGUUCCAGUUUUUAUGACAUGGCAUUUACAUCUGGGUGUGUUGUAGACAACUCAGGACAGCAUCUUUUGUUUGAAGCCAGCCACUUUGCAAGUGAGCAAAAGUAUAGGAACAGACAUUAAACCUGCUCAAACAUUAAACCCAAUACAGUCCAUCCAGAUUUAUAUAGCACUUUCACAACAGCUUUACAAAACCGUUAAUAUAAAGUAAAAUAAUAAACACAGCACAUAACAUAAAAACAUGGACAGUCGUGCAAUCGCAAACACUUUUCCCUCAUACGCUUUGUUGUUUGAAGCAGUUCUAGAUGAAAGAGGAGAGAAUCAAAGUGUCCUUUCACCAAUGGAUCAGAGACAUCAUGCUCAAAAUGUGCACACGUCGGCUACAAGCUAAGUUUGGAAGUAAACAAGCAGCUGUAGCGCCAUUAAAGAAAAAAAGAGAUAGGUUUACCAAAGCGAGGAGCAUUUAAUAUUUGGUGGCAUAUCCCUUAAAAGCAAUAACUGCAUCAAGCCUCUGAAUUGUUGACACAAGCGGGAAGGCAGAUUCUAACCAAACGAAAGAACUAUGAGGCAGAUCAUGUGUUAACCAUUAGAUCACAACAAAUUUAUAACAAAUCCUCUCUCAUAAUUUACCCAGUUAUUACAGGAUCAAUUAUCGGAUUAUAUGUAUUUGUACAUGUAAACAGUUUGAGGACCAGAGAGAGAGCACCCAAAAACUCAGUUCUAACGCCAAACAUGUUUGAUUUUACGUAUGAGCGGGAAAUGGAGUCAAACAUCCAAGUAACCUAAAGAGAGUAAGACGAAAAUGUUGAAUGCAUUUCGAGGCGUGUUACAUAAAGAGUUAAAAAAAAGCCCGACUGCGUGCCCUUCUUUUUUCUUCCCCUGCUCGUGCAACCGGCUCAACACUCAGCAGUAGCAGGGCGGUCACGUACGAAGGCUCGACGUGGAAGACGAGAAUGGGAGAACAUGUUUUAUAACAA